AUGUCUUCUCAAACCAGUGUUCAGGCCAGUAGGGUUGAGCGCCAGCAGAGUAACAGAAGCCUGAGUGGCAAUGUGUCAACCAACAGAACCAGAGUUGAUGGUCACUCGCGACGAAGCGCACAUUGGUCCGCUCAUGCAAGGCAGAAUUUCCAUCGCGCAACUGGUGGAACGGAGACAUACGUGGAUACCGCCUACGUAUCAACCAAGCCGCCAGCGAAGCGUGUUUUGCUAUCACUCGAGGAGGUGGAGAUCUCGGAACUUCCUGAAGAUGAAAAGACUUGCAUCAUCUGCUACAACGACUUUGGCGAUGAGUCCCCAGAGGGCCAUGCUGAGACACCACGCCGUCUCCCCGAGUGCAAGCAUGUUUUCGGUGAUCGAUGUAUCAGAAAGUGGUUGCAGCAGUCUGAAAACUGCCCAUAUUGCCGUGCCACGGUUGGUUAUUUGAGAGCAUCCGAUCUGAACAUUGCCCAUUACGCAGAAACGCCCCGAGAGUCAUCAGACGAUGAACCGGACGAGCUUAUCGGAACCUUUUUCCACAUGGGCGGGUCCCAGUUACAACCACUACCUUACUACGCCAUACCCCGUACUCCAGAGGAGCGAGACCGCCAUCGCCUCUUCCUUUUACGAACCCGAGACGCUCAGAUGAGAGAAGCCCAAAUGAGAGAGGCCGAAGAGUCUCCCUCCCGUUCCUCCGUUGAAAGCGAAGAUAUCUUGGACUCCCCUCCCUCUCGGGCACCAUCCGACGUGGACCCCACGAUCCAGACACCAACACAUAGUCACUUCCACAGAGAGGAUAUGAUGGCAACGCCCCCCUCGACAGCACCUCGUCUUGCGACACAGCAAGGCCCCAGCGCUCCUACUAUGCCUGAACAGAAUCCAAACAUUCCACAUCCAGGGCCCAUGGGUGGAAAUGGUUCUCGGAGCUCGGGAACCAACUCGUCUACGCAAACAAUAUCAUCAAGCCCCAGAUCGCCACACGCGAAUCGGGCGCGGAACUUUUCUACGCUGGUGAAUUUCACCUUCGACUCGUAUCCCGAUGCAGGUCCGGCAGGCGGUCCACUCUUCCUGCCUUCUCUUGGUCCUGGAGCUUCUCAUGGCCGGUCUGGCAGAGGCCGGCGAUGUUAG